UUGCUGUAUAUGUAGGUUUUAUUUAAUUUAUUUUUUAUCUUAUAUUUUGGAAAUGUACAUCCAGGUUUUUUUCUUUAAUUUUUUGGGGGGCCUCCAAGAGAGUGGGGCCCUUAGCUAUAGCUUGUUUAGCUCAUAAAUAAAUGUAUAAUGCAAGCCGCAGUUGACAUUACUCCAGAGAAGUGUCUUCUGCCCAGUUGUGUGAAGAGCAAAUACUGAGAAACUUUCUCAGUGAACGCGCGCCCCCCCCCCCCGUCACGCUGCGCUCAGCGCGCUUUGGGCUGCGGCUCCGCAACAGCAGCCCCUGAAAAGGGCCGGGGCGCCGCAGGAGGGAGCGCGGAUCCUCGGCCAGGCCGGGAGCAAGCGACAAUCAGCGAUCCGGGCUCCGUCCCAGUCUCUGGCCGUCCAGCGUUCUAGUCCCGCCUCCCCUGCCCGGAGGUUGCUGGAGUCCGUGUUCUCCGUUGCCAUAGCGCCCGGGGAAGUUUCCUUUCCGAGUCCCCGCGCUUUGAGCCUAUCCUUGUGGAAUUCAAUUGCAUCAUCGCCUUCGACGCGCUCAGUUGCUAAGACAACUCUGGGCACUUGCAGGGAACGUUCCUCUCCCCUCCGCCCGCCUGCGCGCUCGCUCUCCCUUCCCCUAGAUUCCAGCGGCCCGCGCGCUAGGCGGCAGGAGAGGACGCGCAGCAAUAAGCAGGGGAAGCGGGCUCGUGGGGUUCCUUCGAUAGUACAGGAAGCGGGAAAGCAAAGAACCUUCCCGCGCGCAGUUCCUUUCUAUAACCCCAUCCUUUAGCUAGCAAGGGGCUGGUGGCCUGGUUACAUUACUUCCCGCGCAAUUUUAUAGCUUCACUUUAGGCGAACGUGCGCGCACGCUUUAAAAGGGAAAAUGCACUUCAAGCAUACGCAUGAGAUUGAAAAAAAGAAAAGAAAAGAGGGGGAAAAGUUUGCCCCAUCCUUUUCUUCCGUGGCUCGCAGGUUGCUUGCAACUAACUCCCUCAGGCUGCUUGCAACUAACCCGAAGAAGAGAGCGCGAGCUGUAGCGGCGUGCGCGUCUGAGUGAGGCGCUGAGGCGGCUCCCGUUGUCUUUAACAACCUCCCCACGGGCAGAAAUCCAGCCAGCGUUACGUUCCUCAGUACGGCUGCCCCGCGCUGGGAAAAGCUUCACCUGUUGGAUUUCUGUCGCGCGGCCGUUCAAAGGCGCCGGAGAGGCGCGGUUCGUUCCAGCUGCUGCCGGAGUCCCUUCCCGCAUGGCGCGCGACGGGAUGGGUGCGCCCUUUCGUUGCCUUGUCUCGGAGGCGUCGCUCUUCUCCCCUCCUCAAUCCGCGCUCCUUUCCCCCAACUGCACCCCGAACCUCCUCCGGGAAGCGGCCGACCUCCACCCCCAGGAGGGAGGAAGGCUGCGCGUUUUUUUGGAAGCCGUCUUUUCCCCUUUGCCCAAGCCGCAUUACCUCAUGCUAAAGAACUCCCUGCCUGAAGGGCUGGGCUAAAUAUCGGGACUGGAACCGGGACCGGGAGUGGGAGAGAAGUGAAGACGGGGCCAGGAGGGAAAGGGAGAAAAGGAAACAGGCCCGCUUGAACCCUGGGUGGGUGGGUGGUGGUGGGGGGCGCGCUCCUUCCCUUCCUUCCUUCCUUCCCUCCCUCCCUCGCUUCCCCUCUUGCUUUCGGCCACCGAGCAGGAUGCGCGCCUUUCCGUGCCGCGGCUGCUCUGACCGCGGUGUGUGUCUCUGUGCCUCCCCUCGCAGAUCCCCGCCGAGCGCCCGGAGCGCAGCAUGCCCGCCCCGCUUCUCGCCCUCCUGCUUCUGCGCACCCUGCUGACUCGCCUGCUGCUGGUGGCUCGCCAGCGCCUCCUGCCGCUGCUCCGGCGCCUGGGGGCCCGCCUGACUUCCCGGCAGUCCCGCGAGGCGCUCCUCACCUGCCUCCUCUGCGUCCUCAACCUGCGCAAGAAGGUGGACGACGCCUGAGGCGAGCUCUGCAGGGAGACGCCAAGGAGAAGGGGCGGCCGCAGCAGCAGCAGCAGCAGCAGAAGCCCCCAACUUUGCAGGUAGGUAGCCCCACCGCCACCACCUGUCGUCCUCGCCGCCGCCGCCACCACUCAUGCAGAGACUUUCGAAGUGGAGCAGCACCCUAAAGAGCGAGGAGGAAACCGACUUCACCCCGCACUGCAGCCAAUUUCUCUCUCUCUCCAGCAUCUGAAGGGACAUUUUUAGCUUCUGGGUGAGUGCGUGUGGAGAAGGAGCUGCUCUCCGCCUGCCAAAGGAGAGGGAGAGCAAUCAGGGAGCAAUCAGCAACUCCAGCCCUCCCAAGGAAGAAGAUUUAAUUUCUGAUCUCAUUUCUCAAGAUCCACCCCCAGACAAAACGAUUCCAGCUUCCAGCCUCGCUGAAUGCUUUUCUCCUCUUCGCUUUGAAGCCAGGACCAAGCUCCCACCCACAACCCCACACUCAUGGUCUUUUGGUUGCUGGUGGAGAAUUAUGGAUGGGGAAGCAAAGCAACACCACCAUUGCUGACCAGAGGCCUGGCGUGGUGGUAGCAGCGUGAUUUCUCAGGCCUGGAAGCCGAAGAAGACUGGAAGUCCCCUUCCGUUAGACAUUUCCGAGCAAGCUUAACUUCUGAGAGAGUUCCCAGGAGGACUGAGGGGCAAAUUCUGCAUCUGCAUGGUUUGGAAGAGGCUGGAGAAGAAUCUCUUGUGACUUUGCUAUGUGUUUUGUAGUCUCUUGUUAGAGUUCAGGACUGGUGGUGCACUCUCCCCUUCCCUUUCCCCUGUCUCCUGUGUGGCCAAUGCGAGGGGGAGAAAUGUCUGGCAGCAGAGCAAGGAAGGUCCAGCCGUUCACUAUUACCACCAAGCUUUCCCUACCCAAGUGCUCCCUGGACUUUCCAGGAGACAGCUGUCCUGACAUAGCUGCUCUGGAUAAUCAUGCCCUGCACCAAAACCUCAAUGAGCGUGUGUCUCUGUAUCUGGCUCAGGCUUCUCCCGUGUCCUCUGAGGGUAGGUUUGACAGCACCAGCCCCGUUGAGGAGGUGGCCACCAAUGAAGAUCGCAUCAACCGCAACUCCCUGUCCCGUUCCAUCAAAAAAAUCACCUUGUCCAACUGGCACGGAGAACCUAAUCCAGGGGAGGAAACAUCAACUCAUACCCGUUGCGAGAGGAACUGCAACAACAACAACUGCAGAACAGGGAAAGCACAGUUUAAGGUAAGGUCUUUUAUAUUCCUCCCCUGCCUUACUUUGUUUUGUUUUGUUUUGUUUUGUUACACUAGAGUGCAUUGCUCCACUCUAUAUCACAGUCACAUCAGGCCUGACCUCUCCCUUGGUUUCAGGAUCCUCUGAGAAGACACUCUGAGAAGCGGUGGUUAAUAUGCAUCUCAAGGGUUUUUCAUAGCUUAAGUUUCCCCCUUUUUAUCUGUUGAGGAAGAUGAUCUUGAGAGCUUUGAUUGCCUGAAACUAAGGAAGCAGAAUUACUCCUCAUAUCAUGGUAGAAAAUAAUUCUGAACAAGGGACAGUUCAGAAUCUCAAAGGAGAUGAUGAUGUCAUCUUUUUUUCUGUAGGGAUAAGAUGAAACAAAGCACCUGCCUCCCUUGAAUCACCACCGAAGUUUCCUUCAUUAUCAUAUUUUGCAGUGUCUGAUGGUAGUUUUAUGCAGAUGGAUCGAUAGAAGCAGCACCAGCCUUGCUUGUCAGAGAUAGCUGUAGAUCCUGGAUAGUUUAAUCCUUAUUUUGAUUACAAUGGCUUUUCCAUGCAACCCUUCCCAAAACUGGGAACAGAGCCCAGGGAUUUCUAGUUCUGCCUUGCCUUCUAUUAUAUCAUUUCUAUUCCAUCUCUUAUCUGUUGGAUUCAUCUGCCUUUUUGGAUGGCCUGUGGAUGAUGUAGUGAGAAAGCAACUAGCUGAGCAUGGUACGGCAAGCCCAGGAAAGGCUUCCCAUAUCUUUAGUAAGCCUCUAAGUUUCCUUUUUCCAUCAUGCUUCGCCCACAGGCAUGUCAAUGAUGGGCAGGUUUUUAUAGGGGUAAUGAGCAGAGUGAUGCUGGUAAAGGCUCAGAGGUACUCAGCUGAAAGACUUCGUAUUUCUUUGCAGCAGUGGUUCCUGGGCUUGAAAGAAAAGGCAGUCUGCAUUCUGGUGCAGCCUUCUACUUUUGUAAUCCAGAGUCUGUCUACAUAGUAUUUGCCAGUGCUUAAAAACCAUACCCAGAGUUGCUUUCAUUUCUUGCUCAGACUCGUGUUGUUGUUUUUUUGUAUACAGACAACCCUAGCAAUGCCCUUUAUUCCUGCUAUGCUAGUACUAGGCUUGUUUUGAGCAGAUCUGAGGGUUGGUUGUUCUGCCUGUGUUUGUAAAGUCUGUGCAUGGAAGUGCUGGCAAAUCCCUGAAAAGAUGCAUUGUUAGGCAAACUUUAUAGAAGCACCCUUUUAAAAGUGGAUGUCUCUGGAUCACAUAAGAUCCAUUACCCCAUUACAAAGGUGCAUUACUUGCAACAGUUUUCUAGCCACUUCUCUGCAGAACUUUUAAACACUCCGAGAAGAAGAAAGUAACACUGAGACUAAUUCUAUCCUUGUGACACAUCAGCUUUGUGAAAUUAUGAAACAUGCCCCAAUGGGAUAAACUGAGGACACCCUGCUUAUUUCAGUUUUGAGUGAAGUCAAGAUUUUGUCAGGUUCUCUGUAGUGUCUGGUAAAGGCAUUACCUCAUUGUGCUAUCUCAUAGGCCCCAGGGAAAGCGUCCUCCAAAUUGACCUUGACAUCUCAGCCAAGAGUCUGUCUAUAAGGCCUUCUGUGUUUCCCUGGCAUUGAGCCUCAUAGGACCCAGGCUAGUUCUUCCUUUGGACAGACAUACAUUUGCCCUCAUUUGUGUAGUCACACCAGCCAGUGAAGGUUCCAGGCAGUCACUUCUCAGUUGCAACCUCUACUUUCCAAAUCAACAGAAAGACUAACUCGUUUCUUGUUUUCACAUGUGCUCCCGGCUGCUGCUUGUUGGAUGGGAUGAUAUGGCAGGGGAGGGAGGGAGUCCUGCCUCUGCAAUCCAAGCAGAGCAGCUCUGCAGGAAGGAUGAGAUCAUCUUUGUGCUGAAAGCCUUGUUUUCCUGCAGCUGAUGGAUUGAGGGAGCUUCGUAUGUAAAUAAAGCACUUAUGUCACCUGCAAGCUUAUCUCCCAUUACUGAGCUCUGGCUGGAGAAGGGCCAAGUGGGUUGUGGUGGAGAAUAUGUGGGCAGGUUUAACCGUGAACAUCUCAGACCACAGGGCGCUGUGCCAAACACAGUAACAACCAUUCCAUAAACAGGAUAGGAGCAAAGCAUCACCUAAUGCACUGAUAGGAUAGUUGUCCAGGCCAGGAAGUCUAAAUUGUUUGUUUGAGCUCCUCAUCUCUUGGAUGCUUUGAUAGUUCAAGCCCCUUUAAGUCUUAUCUGGAUAACAAAAUGCAUCGCAAAAUCCGUCGUGGAAUAUUCUUGUUCUUAUGUGUUUUGGAGAGGAGUAGCCUGGCUUCAGUGGCCUAGCUAAUGGUUUUCUUACCCACACACCCACCCACGCCAGAUCUCAGAUGUACACUGCAGUAAUGAACAGAGGGAGUGUACAUACUUCAAAGAAAUUGUGAUAUGGUGAUUCAUACAUUUAUAAAACACCCCCACCUCCUGCUAACUGAAGAUCUUCUGAGCAGCAAGAAGCUUGUCUUGGGCUAUCAUUUCUUUGCUUGCAAAACUGAGCCCCAAACUUGCAUGAUCCACCAGAAAUCUCAAGAGAUUUUGGAGCCCCGUUGGAAAUGAGGCAUUCAAAGCUACUUAACUUGCCCUAACCAGACCCCUCUGCACGUAAAUAACACUUGGGCUGCAGUGCAGUUCACAAAAGUUAAAAGUAAGUCCAGAGGGUCUUGCUUCCAAGUAAAUGUGCUUAGAUUUGUGCUGUUGUAAGCCCAACAAUAAUUAAACAACCAACAAGCUUAUUUUGAAAAGUGCAAGAUAUUGAAUGCUCAUAUAAGAUGGAAAUAAACAAUACCAAAAGCCAACAGAAACUUCUAAUAUGUGCUUAAAAUGUAGUCAUGCUUGAGUGCACUUAAGUGCAAGCUUAACCUCCAUUUUUUGUUCUUAUUCCCAGACCAUAGCUUGUCAAUACAGUGGUACCUCAGGUUAAGUACUUAAUUCAUUCCGGAGGUCCGUUCUUAACCUGAAACUGUUCUUAACCUGAAGCACCACUGGAGCACGAUUUUUGUUCUCAUCCUGAAGCAAAGUUCUUAACCCGAGGUACUAUUUCUGGGUUAGUGGAGUCUGUAACCUGAAGUGUAUUUAACCUGAAGCGUAUGUAACCCGAGGUACCAGUUUAGGGUUCAGAAGCCACCACCACAGUAGCAAACCAUCUGCUCUCCUUUGUUCUGAAUCAUGAACUCUGACAAGCAGUUGUGUUCUCUGGAACACAAUAAAUAAUGAUGAUGAUGAUUCUCCCAUGCUGUGUUCCUCCUUUUUCCUUCCAAAAGAAAGUUCUUCAAGUCUGCUGAGCUCAGUCACAAGCAUGCUACAACCACCUCCAGCAAGUCUCCCCUCAAAAAAUGUAAAUUACAUAGCUUUGGGUUGGGUGUUUGAGAGCUGAUUUACUGUUCCCCAAGGAAACUUUGGUACUUUGUCUAGCACCAUGUCACCUUUGCUUCUAAUAACAUUGGUUGUUCACUUGUGUGAAUUGCUUAUAGCCCAAUGUGUACAGUAAAAGUACCUUCCUUUACUGCUAAUGGAAGACAAAUACAGGGAACAAAAUGUUCUGUGUCGCUGCAGUCCAUAUCCUUCCUGGUUACAUUUGACAUUUGUCACUGUUCUGUGCCAGAUUUGUUCAUUCCUGCUUCUCUCCCCCCCACCCCCCCACCCCAUAUGCUAAGUCUUUGGGUAUAGGUGAAGAACGUUUCUUCAAAUUACUUGAUUUGAUAUUUCAGGCUUUGUGGAUAAAUGUCUGGCAUAGGUAGCACUGAGUGUUUAUAAAGAUCUGAAUCCUGAGAAAGUAUAGUUUUGUUAGACUUCAGGGUUUCUGCCUCUUCAGAUAACACCUGAAAUGUAAUGCCUUCCUUUCCCGCUUGAUAGCAAAUGAUAUGUAAAGAGAGGUGAGUCCAUUGGCCAGAAUGUUAUGCUUUUCGAGGUGGCUUUGGAUAUUAACUUCAGCCACGUACUUGCUGGGUUGCUUUGGAAAGUAACGUAUUAGUUUCCGUACUUCAGAUGUAAAAUAGGAAUAAGUAUUACUUCCAUUGCACUGUUCUUCCAAGAGUGAGAGUGGAACUUAGUGUUGGAUAGGCAGUAUUUCCAAAUAUAAUAAAGGAUUGAAGAGGGUUGCAAAGUGAUGAGCCUUUGUUCUGUAUUCUCAUGGAAUGGCUGCCUGCAGAUUUGUGACCCAGUAGCAGCUGGCAGAUAGGCUUUGUUGAAAUUGUGGUUGACCAGCUAUCAUGGGUGUGUGAUGCUCACCUAAGAGCAUAAUUUGGAUGAGACCUUGCUUUAAGCUGCAGUUGGGCAAAUGUGAUGAAGUCUGCCCCUGAGAAGUUUCCUUUCUUCUUCGCUCUGCCUUUGCAUCAUGAACAGCCCUUAGUUGUCCAGUUCGAGUAUUCUCCAAUAUUCUUCAGAGCUGGAUGAGGUUGCACUCUCCUCAUCCAUUAUCUGUUUCCCCCCACUUUUUAGGUCUUUCUCAGAAAAGAGGUGGAAAUAGAAGAAGAAAAGCAAGACUCUAGGAGGCCCCAGGCUAGUGGCCAUUCUUCAUUGGGCAGAGUUGCUCCUCUUCACAUGGUAUGUGCCUUUAUACCCCCUCUAAUAUAUAAGCCCUUUGUUUGUGAGCCUUGGUGACUGUUUUGAGUCUUUUCAAAUGGAAACAAAGGCAAACUCAAUUAUAGAAUAUGGACUUCAUGCUUUCAUUUUUGUCCUUGUAGAGCAGUGCAGUCAAAUGAAGAGGAAGGAAUGAGCCCAUGAGAAUUCCUUGCGUUCCUCGAUAUAUCAUUGAAAUCUCAAGGAUGCAAAAAGCCUUUACAAAUUAAUUGUCUCUCCGCAGUUUCUCUGUACAUUAUCUACCUAUAUAAGUGGAGGUGCACACAUUCUGAGGUUUGGAUGGGGAGCCUGCGGCUCUCCAGAUGCCAUUGGACUCUCACUCCCAUCAGUUCCAGCCAGCCGGGUCAGUGGCCAGGGAUGAUGGGAGUUGUAGUCUAACAGUAUCUGGAGAGCUCAGUUUCCCCAUCCUGUUCUAAGGGCUGCCUGUGUUGCGGCUGUACAUUCUGGCUUUGUUAAAGCAUGUACAAAAAGCUACCUGAACCAAGGAAGAGCACAUUCCAUGAGAAGCUGCACAAGUGAUUCAUAUGUGAUGUAGAAGUAGCAACAGAAGAUAUCUUGUGGUGCAGUCCUGAAAACAUUUGCUCAGAAAUAUUGCCAAGUUCAGUAGAAGUUAAUCAUCAAUGUACCUGCUUAGCAUUGUAGCUUUAUUGAUUCGCAUGCCACAUUUCCAGGUUUAUGGGGUCUUGUCUGAAGGGGGAGCUCUCAUAGCUCUUCCAUGUACAGAUGUGUGUUCUUUCAGUGCAGUAUAUAAAAAUGUAAUCUGGGAGACCGUUGUACCAGUUUGCAUAUUCUUUCAGCUAAUUGGCAUCCAGCGUAAAGGACCAUUACCAGUUCAUCACUUUCUAAUGCAUCCUUUGAAAGGCCACCACUCAUGCCAUGAGAACAUGGCAUGCCAUUUUGUCUGCAGGCACAAGCUAAUGGGAAAUGUCAGGGUAUUGUGCCCGCCUCCAAUCUCUCUAAGACUGUGCCCCACCACAGUCUCUUUUUUGUGUCCUUGUGCAAAGUGUCUUACUUGUUCAUUUCCAGCUUCCCUCGCUAUAUCCUGCCAGACAGAAAUGCAAAUGAAAAAAAGUUCUGGGGAAAAUGUCAUGGGAGGAAAUUAGGUUAUGCCUGGGGCAUGUCCACAAGCUUCUCAUGCAAAAACUGAACAGGACAUCAUUAGAAGGGUGAUAGCUUAGGCUAUAAACAACUAUAGACAAGGACUCAGUCAUCUAUGCUGUAAAGUCCAGUCCCUUUAAUAGUGGCUCCCCAUCCCCCUUCUUGAAUAAGAAUAAUGGAUGCCAAUCUGUAAUGUGUCUAGCUAUGAUCAAUUUAUGAGGCUGUAGUGCUGCCCCCAGGCUUGAUAGCGAGCUACUUUUCCAUUGCAGAUAUGUGUGUUCUUACUGACAACCCUAUGCCACUUGCUGUCCUCUAGGAACUGUUUUUGUUCAGUCUCUUCUGUUUUCAUUCCAUAUUUGUAUUCUGAGACAUUCCCAUGACAAACAUCUUGGCUUUCAUUCAGGUCUCCUUUUGGGAUGCCCCUACACUACAACUGGUUCGACAGUGUUGAGGGCCCUCUAUGAGGUGAUGAGAAUUCUUUGCUAGACAUCUUUUGCUCUAGAGUCAUAGCUCAGUGGCAGAGCAUCUGCUUUACAUGCAGGAGGUCCCAGGUUCAAUCCCUGGCAUCUCCAGGUAAGGCUUGGGUUGUCCCCUGUCUGAACCCCUGAAGAACUGCUGGCAGUCAGUGUAGAUAGUGAUGAACUAAGAUGGACCAAUGGUCUUACUCAGAAUAAUGCAGCAGCUUUUGUCUCUCCCCCUACCACCUAGUUUACAUUCACUUACAGGAAACUUAGGGAUGCGGGUGGCGCUGUGGGUUAAACCACAGAACCUAGGACUUGCUGAUCAGAAGGUCGGUGGUUUGAAUCCCCGCAACAGGGUGAGCUCCCGUUGCUCGGUCUGUGCUCCUGCCAACCUAGCAGUUUGAAAGCACGUCAAAGUGCCGCUCCGGCGGGAAGGUAAACGGCGCUUCCAUGUGCUGCUCUGGUUUGCCACAUGACCCGGAAGCUGUACGCUGGCUCCCUUGGCCAAUAAAGCAAGAUGAGUGCCGCAACCCCAGAGUCAGUCACGACUGGACCUAAUGGUCAGGGGUCCCUUUACCUUUUACCUUACAGGAAACUUAUCUCCAGGAAUCAUUGAGAGGGGUGAAACUGAUCAUUAAACUGGAUUGACACCAGCUUGUGUUUGCAGUGUAGACCUACCCUUAGCAUGAACUUUGUUGGGAAUAUGCGCCCAAGCUUUAAUUUUAAAAUCGUUAUGUUUCUGAGUCGUGCUCUUCAUGCAUCAUGAACUAUUUCCCUCCUGACUUACACCUUUUCUGCUUGAACGUCUCAAAUCGUAUCUUUCAUAAGUGCUCUGGUAUGUGUGCCGUCAGUGUUCUGAGUUCAGUAGUGUUAAGCUUCUCUUUCCAUGCUCUACCAUUUAAGAGCAGCCAGUACUGACCUCUCUUCCUGCAGUGGGAUUUGAGAUACUGUUUACAAAUUUAGCCCUCCAUGGUAGUUUGCAGCUGGACCUUGGGCUGAGCUUGGAGGAAAGCCAUUUCUGCAGUUGGCUGACCUUAGCGGUCUUGGAGUGGUGACAGAACAUUGCAUCAUUUCUGACCACAAGAACAAAGCCUGGAAGAAAUCCAGACUUUCUCCCAUUUGAUGAGUUACUUAAAAUAAGUAUCUCUCUAGACUGCUUUUGAGGAGCAGGGUCUGAGCUCAUUUGGAAGGCAGGCAGACAAAAAGUCUCCCUGUUUGUUCAGGGAGCAAAGCUCUUUUACCUGAGGGCUGGGAGUUUUGCAGAAAUAGGUUUACUUCUGCCGAACCUGAGAGAGGCAGGAUGAGAUGAAGUUAAAGAUAGGGCCUUUCCUCUUCUAUGUUUUGCAUAGAUGACGCCUUAGGCUUGAUCCCUGGCACCUUAGUGGAUCUCGAGUAGCAGUGCCAGGAAAGAACUUCUAGAGAGUUUUGUCUUCAACUAUACCACCAGCCUUGUCCAUAUGUGCUGAGAAAGAUGAACCAUUUACUCACUGCGUACAAGAUUCUUGCAGUGAACGGAUAAUACAAAAACAGUGAAGGAUUUCAGUGGAAGCAAGCUUUAAAGGUACAGUGCGUACAUAGCCUAAGACUCUAUCUUGUUGAUCAACUUACUUCACAAGGCCGUCAGUUCCAAACCCCCCUGAAGCUCAAUUAGGGCAUUGCUGCUUCCCCUUUAUCAGACAUGGACCAAAUCUAAACAAACUUUUUCUUUCCCUCUGUUUCUCUCUCCUAGAUGUCAAGCUGUGCUGUUGCAGGUCCCUGGAAGGAGAAUGUCAAGAACAUAGAGGCAGGCAAAGUAGCAGGGCUGAAGCCUUGCCUCCAGAGCAGCCCAGGGCUGGCUGACCUUUCCAAAUGGAGCCCUCACAUAGCUCAGUUCAGCUGUGACAUGAUGCAGGUAAAAGAAAAUGAGAUUGGCAGAGGAACAAAUCCCCUUUAGUGUCUCGGUAGAGCAGGAACAUGUUCUUCUCUUCUUUCCCAUACUACAGUAGAAAGGAAGGGAAGGCAGCCUUUUCCUUGCCAAAGGUCUUUCCUCUGUUAAAGUGAGAGGAACGUGCAGACGGAAGGAGACAAGGUCCCUUGGCUAGAGGGAGGCUGUUGUUAUGGCAUGAGGUCAUCCUUGGCAGCUUGUCUUUAGGAUGGAGGACCAGAGGAGAGGGGGUCAAUCCACAGAUAUCUGAUUUCUUUCCCAUCUCUUUGGGGUGAAGGGGGCACAGAAUAGCAGACUCAGCUCGGUGUAGGGACAUCUAGGUGAUAAUAAAAGUGUAUUUUUUUAUAUCAGAAUGUUUGGGUAUGUAGCUUUUGUCAUGUGACUUCACAUCAGCCCUGUGAGAAAGGUGGCUGUCAUUCCUCUCUGUGCCUGGUGUCUUGAACCAGGAACUCUUAGCAAUGGGACUCAGCCACUUUACUUUCUGCAGCACCAUGGCUAGUUGCCAUGGUGGUAGAAACAGGCAGCCUGUUACCCAUAUGGCACUCAGGGGUUUAGCAUUGGCCAGGUGACACAAGGGACCAAUUGCAUUCGACCUGCUCUUGUAAAGCUGCUAAUUCAUGCCUGGCUCUUCAAUCUGAGCAGCUCAGACCAAACCCAGGCUGAGCUCUUGCACUGCACAUAGCAGCUUCUUUGCUCCCCUGUUUUCCAGCUCUUGCUAAUCCCAAGCACAUAGCUGGAACAUGUCUCAGUGCUUGUAGACAUGACUAUGAGCUUUGUAACUGAAGAGCAGUGUAGUAUGGGUAACUACAUAAUUAAGAUAAACUAAUUCACACUUGUGCCACUCUGUCACUCACUGCUUGAAGCAUCUACUUAGCAUUUUUCCAUUCUAUGGAUUGACUUCUGAAACUUCCGGGGUAGAUCUGUGGUGAGGUUAACUCCAGGGCAGCCUUUGCCAACCUGACGUCCUCCAGAUGUUCUGGACCACAACUCUCAUGAGUCCCAGCCAGAGCAGCCAUCUGUUCACAACAUCUGGAUGCUGCUGUAGGGGAAUAUUGGAAGGAAGUCACCUUUUACCCGGUCAGACUGUUUGCCCAUCUAGCCCAAUAUGGUCUUCUCAUGCCGGCAGCAGCUCUCCUGUGUAUUGAAGAGAGACCUUCACCAUCAAACCCAAGCUUUGGUUAAAACAAACAAACAAAUGAUUAAAAACAUUGCAAUUCCACAGGAUUACAUGCUGUAGCAAUGAGGAGUUACAUGGAAUAAUCCUGUACUGGGUUUUCUUUAAUGUCAUGCCAGAACAGGCAUCUUCUCUAUUUUGCCCAGAGUCUCUCCUUUCUCCCAUACAAAAUCAGACUUUUGAACUUCCUAAUGGAAGUAGAAAGAGUGCUUUCCCCCAGCUGCUUGUCCAGUUCCCAUCUUGGCAUUUGUCUUCAUGUUUCAGGCUGAGAAAUGGGUGCGAGCGAAACUCCGAGACCUGAAGGAUGGUUGCAGUAUUCAGGAAUGGGCGCAGGCAGCUCAGACGUUACAAAGAGACAUGAAAGACUUCGAGAAUACCAUGAUCAAACUGAACCAGGUACAACGAGGUCUCUGGAAGCCCCCUCUCCCCCCUGCUUUGAGUUCUUUAGGUUGCAGCACAGCCCUGAAGAGAGACCUGAAUCCUGUUCACCCUUGCUCCCUCUCCUGUACUUCAGCAUCUCUGUGUUUCGUCCUGUUUCUGCACUCUUGAUUUCUAGAGUUUCCAUGAAAUCAGUGCUCUGGCAAGACUGGAUGACUUUUAAGUCCUGCCUUUCCAUGGAAUGUAGAUUCCAUGUUAGGGAUCGUUAGGAGAGGGACUGAAAACAAAACCAUCAGUGUCAUAACGCUGUUAUAUCUAUGCCGAGAGAGCACACUUGGAACAGUGUGCACAGUUUUGAUUGCGUCACUUCAAGAUGGUUAUUAUCAGAGCUAGGGGGAAAACACAGGAGGCAGUGAUAGCCACCAACUUGGAUGGCUUUAAAAGAAGAUUAGACAAAUUCAUGGAGGAUAAGACUAUCAGUGGCCACUAGCCACAGUGGCUGGGUUCUAUCUCCAUGGUCAGUGCCAGUAUACCUCUGAAUACCAUUUGCUGGGAAUCAGAGGUGGAGCUAGCUGCUCCGGCACCCGGAGUGGCGCACAUGCUGUGCACACGGGGUGUGGCUAGCCGCCUGCAGGGGCGGGGCGAGCAGCGAUGUCACCUCCCCUCAGGGAUGAUACCCGGGGCGGACCACACCCACCGCACCCCCCUUCCUCCACCAGUGCUGGGAAUCACAAGUGAGGAAAGCGCUGAUAUGCUCAGCUUAUGCUUGCAGGCUUCUCACAGGUGACUGUUUGAACAGGAUGUUGGGCAUCAUCCUGAUCCAGCAGGGCUCUUCACGUGCUCUUAUGUUCUUUCCCAUCCAUAGAUGGGUGACCAGCUUACUGUCCAGUCCAACUCCAGUGCCGAGAUAGCGAGGCGACUACAAACCCUGUGCGAACAGUGGCAACUGCUGAAGCAGAUGGCAGCAAAUCAGAGCAAAGCAGUGAGUGGACUCAGAAACUUACAAGAGUUCAACCAGAAAGCUGAGCAACUAGAAGCUUGGAUCAGGCAGAAGGUAUGUGCCAAAGCAGGGACAACCCUCAGUUCCCCUGUUUCUGCAGCAUGUAUAGUAUAUAUGUAUGCUGCCCUGAUCUCCCUUGGGAUAGAAAUGUAAUGAAGGGGUAAAUAGUAAUGAGAACUACGGAAGAACUAUGCAUAGCCAUAGGGAAGAGGAAUUUAUGUUUUGCCUGCAGAUGCCGGACACAUAUAUGGAAGGAUCUCCCCAGCUGGUCAGAUUUUUCUGAAAUCCACCUAUGGAAUUAACUCAAUCGAUUACAUUUUAAAAAGAAAGCAUUCGAAAAAUCAUCCAAGGUUUUGGAGCAAAGGUCAGAAAGAUUUAGACAGUAGUUGGUUAUGGCAGAUGGGGAGCUAAGGUAGUCAUUUCCCCAUGGCAUCUAUAGUUUGCUUUCUCCCCUGUCUGCUGACUGCACUGGCCAUCUAAUAGCAAUUUCCAUGUGCUUUUGUCUUCGCCCCCAAAUUCCAUUCCAUAACAAGACGUUCUAAAUUCCUAGAAAUCCUAAAUCAUUAAAAGAAGAAAACAACCCUGAAUACAAAAAUAGAAGCAAGAUUAAUUGAUUUUCAUAAUUUCCUCUCCAUUUGGCUCUUGGGACUCUUUGGCUCUUGCUUGUCUAGAUGGAGAGAGUUAGAGGGGCAUAUGUAGAAUCCUCUGUCUUCGUACAGCUGGAAUGUAGCCUGUUGUACAAAGGUUAGAGUGACACCCAUGGCUCUGCCUACCUUUGCCUCUAGUCCUGCCCAGGAGGGAAUAUUGCCUUUGGAGUGAAAAUGGUUCCCCACUCCUGGUCUACAAAUUGGAGUCUAUCUUUGUAUUCUGAAGAAAAACCAAACCACUCCACUUGCAUCUCUUAGGAUUGGGAUGAAAUUGUAACAAUGUAGUCACUGUGCCUUCAAUAUCUCAUAUAUUCUAACCAUUUCUAUCUGUCCCUCUAGGAAGAGAAACCUUUGCUAACUGCCCUGCUGCAAGAGAAUGCAGACAAGAUUCAGCUUACCCGACGCAUCCUUGACUUGAAACAGGUGACAGUCUUACUGACAGUUGUGUGGGAUUCUCUUCUCUGUACAGUGUUGGGGGUGUGUGGUUCUGAUAGUGCUGUUUUACCUGGGGUGGUUGCAGUUAGGCUUUGCAUCCUACCUCAGAUGAUAUUAAUGGCAUUGUAGUUCAUACCUAGGUCCUAGUGGGUAGCCUGGUGCAGUCCUUCAUCACAUUUUGCAGCUGCCAUCUGCAAGAACAGAAAGGCGGGUGCCACUACGAAGAUUUUGUCUCUUGUCUGUACUGGAUAGUACUACUGUUUUCUCAGCCCUCCAUCCCCUCCUCCCUGCAAUUUGGGAAUAAUAAUUCUUGGCCUGCAUCAUAGUUGUUGUAAGGAUUGCUGAGAUAAUGUAUGAGAAGUCCUUGGAACACCUGAAAGCACUGUAAAAAAAAAAAGUUGAUGCUUAAUUAUUAUCGGGAGCUCCUAAGCUCCCUUCGAAAACAACUUCUGAGUACAAGGUUUAUUCUGCUGGGGCUCAGUUGGCAAUGCCAGUAGCGGUUAGCUUCUUAUGAGGUCAUACUUUUAUAGAAAGUAAGUUUAUGUUAUUCCUCUUCUCCCCCGUCUCUCCUCCCCUUUUCUCUCUCUCUCAUCCAACUUAGGAGGAGCAGCAGUUCCAGGCCCUGCAUGAGGAAAUGAACAGCCUGGCUCACAAACUUGAGAAGCAGGGGAAGAGUGAGAGCAGGAGCAUUAUGGCACGGCGCAAGCAUCUCAAUAAAAUGUGAGCUAGAGCAGGAGCUGGUGGGGGAAGAGAGAUGGGGCAUAACCAGCAUUAGGAUGGGCUAUGGAAUCAUCUGACCGCAUUUGCUUUACUUUAACUGUCAAGGAUGUGCAGGCUAAGCUGCUUCCCCGUUCCUAAGAUCCUUCUGCCCGUUUCACCUUCCAGGUGGCUGCGGCUCCAGGGGACACUGAAGGAACACCAUGAGAACCUGCAGCUGGCUCUGGAAGCUGCUGCCUUCGUCCAGCAAGCAGAAGUGCUCCUUGGGGCCAUCCAUGCAAAGGUAGAUUCUAAGAGGAGGUGGUGGGUGCUUUCUAAGAACUGCAUUGCUACUUGUCUCGGGGCUUAACGCCUGUUGUUUCUGUUGUAGCGGAGGAAUCUCUGUGGAGUGGGGAAACAGAGGGAACCUGAAACCAGCCCAGACCUGGAUGUCAGGGAUAUAGCUAGUCAGGUCAUGGUAAGUUGGGCAAUGCCCAGGAACAUGACUUGGAGCCCCUCCAGAUGCCCUAUUUAUUAAGCAUUCAUCUUGAGUUGCUUACAUAGAGGUCAGAGUAUAUCCAGUCUUUAUUGAGCAAUGAUUCUGAUUUGUUUGUGGGGUGGUUAUACAACAAUGAGCAACUGUCCUGCAUUCAUCCUGAUGUGUUGAUACAUAUUCAUGUUAGCCAUUUGUUCAUCCCACACUUUUCAGUGCAUUUUCCUGUCACCUUCCAAACUACAAAAAUUCUUGAUUCUUUUAAAAAAUGGAUUUGUGAUAGAGCAGCAGAGUGCUUUGAUCCACUUUAAUUGUACAAAACCAAAUUUCUGGUAUGUGUUUGAAUCCCUUCCACAAAGUAAUGACAGUCUGGUGGCAUGUUUAAAGAAGAUGUGAGGGGUGGGCAAAGGUUUUUUUAAGAAAAGAUUUGUAGGCAUGUUCAUUUCUCCCUUAGUUUAGAGAACAACUUGUCAUCCUGUAAAUAAUGAACUAAGCAAGAUGGCCUGGACUCAAGAACUGAUAUCCAGCUGAAGUACCAACAUCUGGUAUAUAUCCUACCCCUCCACUGCUGGAGUGAUUGUAUCCAAAGUGAGGUGCUCAUGCUGGCAUUCUGAAAGAAGCUCAGUUUUCAGCAGAAGCUCCUGAAUGCUGAGGAAUGAUCCACAAGAAAGGGAGUUGAAUCCUGCAUUGUCAUGCGUUUGCAGCUUCUUUGGAGGCAGUCUCUAGAUUAGACAUGCACAACUUGUCACCCAUUAAGAUGCAUGGUAGCCCACCAGGGACUGAACAAACCACUUGGUUUUAGGGAACCAGGGGCUACUGGUCAUUAUAAGCUACAUGAUAUGUAUAGCUAGUGAGGUUAUCUUGAUGGGUCAGGUUAAUUUAAGCCAAGUGACCAGUUGUCACUCCUGCUCACUCAUUCAUUGCCAGCCUUUUUUGCCACCCAGAUGCUGGAUGUGACCGUGUCCCAGUUGACAAGCCUCCAUCCCAGCCUAGUAGCACGAGUCUCUCUCAAGCAUCAAGAUGUGAAGGAGAGCUGGGCCCAGCUCCAGCAGUUAUUGAGGUAUUUGCUGAAUGCCUAAUUUUUUUCUCUCUGCAUGAGGUGGAUCCUGAGCUGGUUAAUGAUUAUAUUUAGCAAAUGUCUCUAAUUUGGGCACGCCAGAGCCAUUGUUGACAAUACUACUACCAUUUUCUGUUUUGCUGUGCACCUUUAACAGGAGUGUGGCAUACAGAAACUAAGCAGGUGAGGAAUCUACUGUGCCUGGAAAAGCUUUGCAUGCUACUGAUAUUAGAUGCACAGGAGCAAAACUGCUAGGAAAAGGUGGCAACCCUGACAAUGUCCCCUCUCCCUAUUUCAUUCUUUUGGAACAAGGUACUAUGCAUGGUAGUUUAAUCACAAUUUUUUGAGGUUGUAGGCCUUCAGGCAAUGCAUUUGUUUAGAUUUUUAAGUUAUGAAUAUGCAGCCUAUAUGUGUGAGUGCUGAGGGUGGCAUAUGUUUCUCUCUACCAGUCAAGGCAAAAGACAGUUUAGGAAGUAAAGGGAAGUCCCCUCUUUUGCUUACCAUCAGCACUUACUUACUAUCUUCCUUGAUGUGAGUAACUUGAGGAAACUUUCACCCAAAGUUAAUGUGGACUCUGGAGACUGAGAUGGCCUCUGCUCCAGCAACAAGGCUAAGCCAGCAGCUCUGUUACUAUCACUGUAACUUCGGGAUGCUCUACCCAAUACAUUCCUUUCUCAACAAAAGCUGAAAGCAUAAUGAAAGCUGAAAGCAUAACGUGUCAGAAUAAAACAACCUGAGAAAGCUGAAAACAGUUGGGUUAGGUGCAUAAGCCUGAGACACUCUACCCUGGAAUACUGGAUUUCUUCAAGGAUGUCUGCAUUUAUUCUGUGAUGAUUAUCAUCUCUCUUUUUUGCCCUUUUCUGUUCCCUACUCUAACAGUUUUCUUUGUUUUUUCACCUCUCUGCUUCCCCUCGCUCCUAUUGCCCCACUACUGGCUUCAACCAGGAGAUCAAUUGAUUCCCCGAAUCGUGAGCAAGUGAAGAUCAUGUCCAACAGUGUAGGGAGAGAGGCUGGAGGAAAACCUGUAUGGGAGGUAAGAAAAGUAUUCAAGAUAACACCUCAAGAUCUCCUGGGUACUGUGCGUAGAUGACCAGCCUCAGAGCACCCUCCAUUUGUAAGGCAUGUCUCAUGGGUAAAAGUUACCUCUGGAGAAAAUGUUUCAUGUGUGGAUGCAUAGCAACAGGCAAGACUAGUCUGUCAAUCUCAGGUGGCCACACUUGGGCCAGAACUGGUGGUUCAAGUGUCCCAGCAGACAAGGAGGGUCUCUGUAGCCUUCUCAGCUGUAGCCUUCUUGUUAUAACAUGGUGGUGCUUAAAAGCCCAAGCCAGUGCAAUUACUUUUUAUGGUGAGGAAAAGCAGAGAGGAGUGCUAUGUACUCUCUCGCCCUGAAUUAGUAAAGAAGACCACUGGUGAUUGCUGCUAAGCAGUGGCCUGUUUGCUUUACCAAUAUCCCAGAACAGACUUCAUGCUACUUAAGUUUUUUUGGCCUCAGCCAAGCUCUAACACAAGAACGUUGCAGCUGGCAAAGGUGGGGAAGAGGAAGAGGAUGGUGAGUGGCAAAUUCAUCCCCCUUUCUCCCACAAGGUGGCACCUGGGAAGAAUGCAAAAUGCUUGGCAUUGGGCCAAGAGCUGGAUUAAGACAGAUCUCUGGGAACUGGUUCCAUAAUUUUGGAGCCACUUCAGAGUUCAGACAAGGUCCUGCCCAGAGUCUUACCUCUCAGGAUUCUGAGCAAAAUAUAUUCUUACUCUUCUUUUAACCCUAGAUAUGGAAGGACAUCCAAGGAAGCCAAGAGGGCAACACAGACUCACCAGGCAAGGACGCCAUCACCGGUAACAGCAGGAGGUAUUGGCACACACAGUGCUUUCCUGGGAGAGGAAAGCUGGGGGAAAGCUAUGUGGGAAGUGGUGAGGAGAAACUGGGACUGGGGAGGGUAGAAGUUGCUUACUGGGAUCUGCUUUGUUGCUUAGCAACAAUUCACUAUGCAAAAGAAUUUAUCUCUUACUCCUAGCAGAGGGGCUGGCCCUUUGAAGUUGAACGGGUUGGGGGGGGGUCCCUGUGGUCUUGGCACUAAGCCCAGCCUCAUUAUGGGUAGAUGCUGUGAGCUCCACAGAAAAACAGUGAAGCUGUGAGGUUGAGCCCACCACCCAGUGGCUUCUAGUUGAAUCUAAGUAGCACCUGCAACAAAACGCUCAGUUCAGUGUUCCAGUCAGUCAUGCCCCCUUCCAUUCAAGUUUUCCUGGUUUUCUAUCACUCUCUUCGGUUGUCAGCAUUCCAUGGCCACUGAGCAUGCUCAAUCCUCAUUUGGCUGGGUAUAUAUAUAUUUGCACUUCUGUAAACCUUGUGGUUCUCGUGAGCCUGCUGGUACUUCCCCAUUGAGCAUGGAUGCUUUAGUUACAUUAGGACCUGCACUCAGAGAAUUGAGUUCACUAUUGGUUAUAGAAUGCAAACUGCCUUCACUUCAAAUAACAAAGAAUCUUAAAAACUCCCACAUUUAUUAUAGCAGAAGCUGUCAUAACAAAUUUGUCAGAGUGGAAUUCAAUGUUGCACUAUUAUGAACAUUCCAUCUGCGCAAGCAUUGCUGGAGGAGAUGAUCCUUCCCUCUCCUAAAGGGCUGUCACAUGGAAGAUGAAGCAAGUUUGUUUUCUCCUGCUCUGGAGGGUAGGAUUUGAACCAAUGGCUUCAACUAACAAGGAAGAUUCCAACUAAAAAUCAGAAAGAACUUUCUGGCACUAAGAGCAGUUUAACAGUGGAACAGACUACUCAGGAGGUGGUGGGCCCUCCUCCUUCCUUGGAGGUUUUUAAGCUUAGGUGAAUCCUACCCAGUAUUUAAAGUGCAAAAAAUACCCCCAAUAGAGUAAUAUGGCUACACUUCUGAAAAGCCAUUAAAAUGUGUUGUGUUUUAGGGUGAUCUCGAUAUGUAUAAAUGCGCGCUCUCUCUCUCUCUCUCUCUCUCUCUCUCUCUUUCUUUCUUUCUUUCUCUCUUUCUGUGGUGUUUUGCACAUGUGUACUUGAUGUGGCGGUUAUCAAGCAAUGAAUUGGAAUAUAUGGCCUCACCCUAAUUUUCUGUCUUCUCCAGGAGGAGGAAGAAGCUUCUCUGGCAUUCAAAUGCCUUGAAGGACCUGCCCCAGCAGGAGGCAAACCUUCAGGACUUCUGCCAGGUCGCUGAUGGGGUAAUGUCUCUCUGCAAGCUUCACCAAAUCCCCAAGUCUUUGUCAUUCUGCAGCCCACAUAGAUUCCCUUACUGUGGUAGUAAUUCUGGCUUCCCUUGGGCUGCUGGUAGGCUGCCACUUGGCUGAAGAACAGGCCUAGUCUACAAGCAUAGCUGAAUGAGGUGGUUAUCAGAAAUCAAAAGCAAAAUGUUGACAAAUUUAUUUUUAAACCUUGAGUUAAUGAAGAGGAAUCUUGUGUUUCAAAUACCCAAGUAUUUAAGCAGGUUUGUAGAAUUAAAGUGUGUUUCAAUUAGGACUGUUGUGGGUGGUAAGAAGAAGGGAGGCCUGAGAGAGGCCUGUUCACCAGGGAUGCUCCCAAUUCCUGCCCAGCCUAGGGUUGCCACCUUUGUUUUGGCAAAAUACAUGACAGAGCAGGGAGAGGCGGUUGGGGUGUGUGUGAUUCCCCCCCCCCCCAAUGCUGAAGUGACUUCAAAGCAAACCAUUAUAAUCUAUUGCAGCCUGACAGGAUGGCCCCUCUGGAAUUUGACACACACACACACACGCGCACACACACACACACACACACACACACAUGCACGCGCACAGACACACACACACACACACAUUUGUAAACCUGUCUGUGCUUGGCUACCCAGAGCUUUAAUACAUGACCUUUCACACACCCUUUCAAGCACAUGCAUUUGGAGAGGAUCCCUAACUUGGCAGAGAGAAAGAGAAAGAGUGAAGAGACCUGAAAUACAGGACAAACUGUAUCAAUACAGGAUGUAGCAUCUUACAUUGAAAUACAGUGGUACCUCGGGUUACAUACACUUCAGGUUACAUACGCUUCAGAUUACAGACUCCGCUAACCCAGAAAUAGUGCUUCAGGUUAAGAACUUUGCUUCAGGAUGAGAACAGAAAUCGUGCUCUGGGGGCGCGGCAGCAGCAGGAGGCCCCAUUAGCUAAAGUGGUGCUUCAGGUUAAGAACAGUUUCAGGUUAAGUACGGACCUCCAGAACGAAUUAAGUACUUAACCCGAGGUACCACUGUACAGGACAAUCCUGUAUUAUACAGGACAGGUGACAACCUCUAGCCCAGCCUGAAAAAUGAAUUUUCUGGAUCCCACAAGAGAUUUUGUUUAUUUUUUUGCAUUUCUAUCCCAUCUUGUUCUCCAAGGAAUUCAAGAUGGUAUUCAUAGUUCUCCCUCUCCUCAUUUAAUCCCCACAGCAACACUUUGAAGUAGAUUAGGCUGAGAGGCAGUGACUGGCCCAAGAUCACCCUGUGAGCUUCUUGCCUGAGUGGGGAUUUGAACUCUGGUCUCCCAGGUCCUAGAGUCUGACCUCCAACCACUACACCACACUGGAUCUGUUAAUACCUCCCCAACAGGGGCAAUGGCUUCUGCUCUUAGAGUUUAUCUGAGGAGGGAACUGAGCAAGUGGGGACCAUGGCUCAGUGAUGGAGUGCAUGCUUUUCAUUCUGAAGAUCCUAGGCUCAGUUCCCAGCAUCUCCAGUUAAAAGACUCUCUGGUAAAAGGGCUAGAAAAGACACACACAGACCCUGUAAUUCCGACCCUGUAAUUCAGCUGCCUAUCACUAGAUGAAACUGGAGUAGAUGGUCCAGCAGUCUGACAUGGCUUCAGUCAGGUUUAUAUAUUUGAAUUUUAUUUAUACAAAAAAAUAAAAUAAAAUUGUAUCCUGCUUUUCCCCUUCAAAAAGUCAGUGCAACUCGCAAUGUUUUAAAAAGGCAUAAAAAUAGCAACCCAUCAUUAAAACAUAAUUACCAGGUUAAAAGCAGCACCCAAGGGCCAAAACUAAUCACCAAUAAAUCAAAGCAUGAAGUAACGAACAGAAUCAAAAACUUGUUAAAGAGAACUGCUUUCAUUUGCUGUCCAAACACAUACAGAGAGGAUAAUAAGCAAACAUCCUGGGGCAAAGAGUUCCACAUAUGCAGAACCACCACAGUGGGAGCCCUUUUAUUCAUAUGUCUUAAUGGCAUGUGUGUGCUGUACAUCUUAGGAGCUACACAGGUGGAGUCCUCAGAUGGAAGAUGCCCUUGAGGAACUGGAGGAUCUCUGGGAGGAACUGAGAAGGCGGCACCAAGAGAAUGGCGUGGCCCUGAGGGAGAUUGAUACAGUGAGUAGUGGCUGCCACUGGAAAGGGUGUCUAGUCCUUCCCUUUUGUAAACAUGGUGCGCCAGUUUUUCACAUCCUGUGAUCUCAUAGCACUGCGUGUUUCUCCACCCUUGCUGGCAACAACUAAAUGAUGCAGUGUGGAGGCAAAUGAAAUCUACGCCAUCGUCAGAUGAGACGAAUUAUGUUAGACAUUAAUAAAAGGUUUUGGGGUGGAAGGGGGUGAGACAGCUGCCGUCCUUGGCAGCUGCUCUAUGUUGUGGGUAACAUGUAGUCUCAGCCUCACUCAAAAGACCCUAGCAAUUCUAAUAUUUGUAGCUCUAUCCCUGACAGAGGUCACAUUUCCUGUUCAGUUGGAUUGCUUGCCUGUCAUCCAUGCACUGAAAAGUUUAGCCGUAGGGAACAGAUUAUUUGUGGUGUAGUGUUCAGUUUUCUCCCACAGUUAGACAUUUGAACCUUGGGAUUAGGAUACACUCUCUUAUUUAUUUAAGAAAGUUGUUUGCCAUCUUUCAGGGCGAAGGCCUUCUCUUGCAGAGGACAGUGCGCAAUCACUUUCUUGUCAUAUUCAGGCUGGGGGGCUGCCUUGCUCAUGCCACUCCUUUCUGUUUGCAGGCUCUGCGGUUGGUUGGGGAGGUAGAAGAGGCUGAGUGUUGGCUAGAAACUGUUCUAGGCUUGCUCUCUGAGCCAGAAGCAGCAGCUGCAAAGAACCUUGAUGACCUCCAUGGGGACCUAGAGAAGGUUGGCACCCUGGAGAACCAAGUGGAGGCGUGGCAUAUUAAGCUUCAAGCCCUGAAGGAGGAAAUGAAAAUGGACUCCUCCUCGGAACACACAGCAGCUGCAAUGAUUCAUAGAAAGAUGGAACGAGUGAAGGAAAAGUGAGUUCUUGGGAACAAAAGAGUAUUCUCUGUAUGGAGGUGGUGUAGGAAGGAGACUUGGCUUCUGAAAAGCUGGAGAAGGAGAAGAGGUUACUUCAGGGUGGAAGAAUGGUUUCAAAGGAAUAGAUGCAGGCAACCAAGGAGGAGGAGAGAGCCAGGGUUGUUGUUGGUUAAGUUUCCCUUGUCGUAGGAGCAUAGGAAGCUGCUUUCUGCUGAGUCAGACCAUUGGUCCAUCUAGCCCAGUAUUGUCCUCACACUAUAUAAGCAGCAGUUCUCCGGGAUUUCAGACAAAGAUGCUGGGGAUUGAAAGUAGGUCCUUCUGCAUGCAGAGCAGAUGUUCUACCACUGAGCUGUAGCCCAUGUUGUUCUAGACCUAUCUCUCAUCUCCAACAGCUUUGUCUGUCCAAAUUGAAAUUGUGUAUGUUUAGGCAGCAGGUAGCAUUGCUCUCGUGAAAUACGCUUUUAGGAAGAUGUCAUGGUUUCCUUCCCAGGUUCACCUGUGUGCAGGAGGCUCUCCAGCGCCGAACGUCAGACUUGAAAGAUGCCCUGGUUUUAACCGAGUUCUUGCAGAAUGUGCAUAUGGAAGAAAUGCUGAGUCACAGGAACCAAGUACAGGUGAGAAGCAGAGAAGACGUGGGCCAGGGAAGGGAAGAAUGAGGUGAUGUGCAGAGGUGUGGUCUGAAUUCCGUCCUGUCAUAGGAACAUAGGAAGCUGCCUUAUAGCGAGUCAGACCAUUAGUCUGCCCAGCUCACUACUAACCAGGCUGACUGGCAGCAACUCUCUAGGGUUUCAGAUAGGGAGUCUCUCCCAGCCUGGAGAUGCAAGGAAUUGAACCUGAGACCUUUUAUGUGGAAAGGAAAUGCUCUGCCACGGAACUACAGCACUUCCCCAGAAGGGUCAGAGUUCAAAAAUAACAAGCAAGGGGCUUCUCGCUUUAUGUUUAGUUUGAACAAUGAGGGAGGAUGGCGCUGAAGGGACACACAUCUCCAUAAAAGUCCCUUGUGCUGCAUUGUAUCUAAGUGGUCAGAUUAGUGACACAGGAACAGUUUGCAUGACUCUCCUGUUUGGGUUCACAUGAUUUCAGUAUGGUAUGCCAUCCAAAUUACUGUGGAUGGUAAUGAUCCUGUAUAGCUAAGUUCUAUCACCAUUCUAGCUCUGGUUGCAUUUAGUCAUGGAACCCCUAACUAUAAUGCCACAAAUUGCAACUCUUGACACUGUUGGUUAAUUGGCUACUGCUGCUUAUUGAGGCCUUAUCUUACUGAUAUCCACUGGCAAGUAUCUGGGCCUUCAGUGAGGUGGCAGAAAUUAGCUUCCCAGCUAAAUAUACUCAGGACUUAAGAUCAGUGUUGGAAAUUGAAGACACUUUUAUUUCAGUUUGUUUUUAGUUUAUAAGCAUAGUUUCAUCACUGCUAAUUUUUAAUGUGUAGCAUCUUUUACAUUUGCUGGUGUUGGGUCUUCGUUAGUUUGAAAUGCUGGUUAUAUCACAUGUUCUUUGUUGCUGCUUUUAGAAAUUGGGUGUUGGCUCUGAGUUAUAUUAUUAGUAGAUUGCAUGGUUUUAUUUAUUAUUUUGAUGUAUGUUGUGGUAGAUACAAUUAGUAGUAGAACAAAGAUAUAACCAAAUCUAUUACAUCAUUAGGGACGCGGGUGGCGCUGUGGGUUAAACCACAAAGCCUAGGACUUGCUGAUCAGAAGGUCGGUGGUUCGAAUCCCCGUGACGGGGUGAGCUCCCGUUGCUCGGUCCCUGCUCCUGCCAACCUAGCAGUUCGAAAGCACGUCAAAGUGCAAGUAGAUAAAUAGGUACCGCUCCAGUGGGAAGGUAAACGGCAUUUCCAUGUGUGGCUCUGGUUCGCCAGAAGAGGCUUAGUCAUGCUGGCCACAUGACCCAGAAGCUGUACGCCGGCUCCCUCGGCCAAUAAAGCGAGAUGAGCGCCGCAACCCCAGAGUCGGCCACGACUGGACCUAAUGGUCAGGGGUCACUUUAUCUUUACCUUAUUAUCAUCAUUAUUAAUAUUAUUAAUAUUAAUAUUGAGUGGCUUUAGUCAAGCCUCUCUCUUGAAGUUUCACUUUCCUUCUCUGUAAAGUAGGAAUCAUGGCAAUUUGCUCAGAAGACGUCUGUGAGAGAGUUAACAGGGUGGCCUGUCUAGAUUGGUACCCAAUAUUAUUCAUGUACUUGUUUUGCUUUAGGCAGUGCCGAACCAGCUAGGCUCCCAAGAGCCUCUGCAGCUUCUCAUAGCCCAGAGUGCUCAACAGCUGAGCAAUGAGGACAUGAACAGGUCACUGGAGGAACUGCAAGAAGCAGUGGACAUGCUGAACAGUGUUGUGAAGGAGCGCGAGCGGGUCAUGGAGGCAGUGACCAAGACAGAGAAUCUGAAGUGCUUUGUGCAGGCCUUGUCAAGUGGGGAGGAAACUAAGGUAAGAGAGGGUUAAGAGGGGCUGCGUGCUAGAAAAAUCCCUCUUCCCUAGUGAUUAGAGGUGGAAAGCCUGUACCACUCCAUCCUUCAGUGUUGGUUAUUGUAUUUGGGCAAGAAGCUACAAAAUCUAUCUUCUUGUUUCAUAGAGGUGGACUGACCACCUAUUAAAUGCUACCAGCACUACUCUGUUGCAGUUCCAGCUUUGGUUUGGUUGUCCAAGCAGCCUGUAGUACAGAGAACUGUUUCUCAGUGUCGCCUUUCUUUUUUCAAUUUUUCAGCUGGCCUGGGUCACCUCACGGAUCAAGACAAUGAGGAACAGAGCAGAAACACUGGCUCAGGACAUAAUGCAGGCAGAGAGAAGCUUUGCCACAGUGAAGAGUGAGGCAGAUCUUCUGGAGCUGCAGGGGCUCAUGGAAAGGCAGAAAGAGAUAGAGGUGAGAUCAAAAGGCUAUUUGAGGGCUUGUAACAAGCACCCCAUAGAACCAGUGUUUGCUCAUGGCAAUGUUGGAGGAGUGCUAAAUCAGGCAUUACACACACCUUGGAAGUCUGUUCUUCCACCCAGCCCCAUUGUAAAUUGCAGGUUGAGAUUGUUAUGCAGGUUUAGGUUUGACCAUUGGUUCUGAGCUCUCACUUUUUUAAAUGGGUCAGCAUAGAUCUGAUGUUUGAUGAUACUGCCCUGUUGUUUGUUUGGCUUCCUAAAGCCAGUUGGGAGUCUCAUGCUUGUUUUUAGAUUGGGCAAGCAUUUACUAUUGGGAAGGAGCCAGGAGUUCCCCAUUCGAAAGCCCUGUUGCUAGCCUGAAUCCUGUGGUCUUGUAUUUCAUAGAGUGAAAUGUCUAGCCUGGAAGGGGACAUGGAGAAACUAGAGAGAGCCUUCAUUGAGCUGGAAGAUUGCUGUCUGAUUGAAAUGCCAAAUGAGUCCAGAAGAAUCAGUGAAACAUUGGUGGCUUGGAAAGAUCUGCAAAAGCUGGUGUUGGGAAAUGCAGUUCAUGGACAGCAAGCCGCUCAUUUGCGACAAUUCUUCAGAGCUUAUUUAGCCAUUAUGUAAGUCAGUAGACCUUAGUGGACUCAUCCUGUCCCUUGAAAGUUUGUUUUGCAAUGUCUGACUCACCCAUUUGUGAUAUUAAGCCCCCAUCUGGAAGCACCCCUUAUUUUCAAUUGCGCUUGGGGACUAUCCAUCUUAUCUACUUUGAAGUCAGUCCAGCAAGCUUGAGUCUCAGCAUCAAUUCUAACUCCCGUUCACACACCUGGAUGGGGUGGAGGUGGGGCAGGGUGGAAGUGAGGUUUGGGACCUUGCAGGGGUACCUGCGCAACCAGGUGGUUGCUCCCGUUGGUGCACCGGUGAAGGGCUGAGCUUGCUGCUGUCCCAGCCCAGCACCAUCCAGGCAAGUGGCAGCAAUGCCUGCAUUGAAAUGGCAGCUGCACCCCACCAAAUAUUCUCUUACUGAAAUUGGAUGCAACUUCAGUGUCGCACGUCACAGCUUAUCUUGCAUUUAUUUUGGUGCAGUUACACAUGCCCUGGAUGUUGUGAUUUAGCUGCAGAUUUCCUGAGUAUUUACUCCUCUUUGCUCACACAUUUGCCAAGACUGGUGAUUUGCUUGUGAGAUGUAACACCAACUUUUCCAUGGAAGGGCUUAGUGUGUAGAUUGUUUUGCCACAAUGGAAGCAGCCCUUAGUGCAGGCAUCCCCAAACUCAGCCCUCCAGAUGUUUUGGGACUACAAUUCCCAUCAUCCCUGACCACUGGUCCUGUUAGCUUUGUAGUCCCAAAACAUCUGGAGGUUUGAGUUUGGGGAUGCCUGCCUUAGUGGUUAACAAAGAGAGAGAAAAACUAUUUUUACUGGGACACACCUUUUUAAUACUGCUUUAAAAGGCCUGGGGAAAUGGUAUGUUUCUUAACUGUAUGCCACUACUUGAAAGACAAAGCUGUCUAGAGGCUGAGACAACUUGAUGCAGAAUAGGUUUUUACUGGGAUUCUUCCAGGUUUCUCUGUCAAUUGGUAAGUACCCUGAUCUGUAGCUUUGUUGGAAGGGUAGAGGAUAAAUUGAGCUGCAGUUUUGUGAGGUGUUAAGACACAUUUCUUCUGGCCAUAUUCAUAGUUGCUCCUCCUUCCUUGACUCUCCAGCUCCUGGACAGAGGAUACUCGGGCACAGAUCUUCUCUGAGACUAUGAGUUCCCACGGUCUCUCAGAAGCUCAGUGGGAAGACCUGGAAAGUAACAUGGAGACUAAGUUCAAGGAGUUUGAGGAGCUGGCAGCAGUUGGAUGGAAACUGGUAGCUGAGGAACACAGCUUGAGUGAGACAGUAAGUGUGGCAGGCCAUGAUACGCAAGCUUCCUACAUGCCUGCAGCAUCCUUUGGGGAACAACCUCCCAUCCCACCUCACUUCCCUUUUCUUUCUUUUGCCAUCACUGCUUUCGGAAGGGAGGAGGUGAAGCAUCUCAUCAGGUGGGUGGGAGCUAGACAGUUGUUCCAAUUGUUUGUCAUCCUGAGGCUUGGCCCUGACUGAGAACUGUACCUAGAAGAGAAAAGAGAGGAGUUCACUAUGUGGCCUUUUUUCCUCCUUUCAUUUCUUUCUCAGUUUUGUUCUGUCUUUUUAGAUAAAGGAGCGAAUGGAGGAGCUGCAAAGCAUGCUGGGAUGGGUGAUGGUGCGCUGGAGAGCACAGAGUUCCCAGAAGGACCCUGGCAGUAAGAGUGAUGGCAGGGAGACUCAGAAUGGCACGCUGAACAUGACCGAGCACUGCCAAGUUAGUAUGCAGCCCCUGAGUGGCAAUACUAGAGCUAAACUUGAAAAAUAGCUUGGCCUGCACUGUGUAUUUAUUGUGGAAUAGCUAUGCUUUGUUCACUCACUUUUUAUGGGGCAUCUGCACAAAGUUAUAAACAAACCCCCCCCCUUUCAUGUUUUCUCUCUUUAGCUUCCUUCCUCCACCACUCCCACCCCAAGCUUAGAAAUCUGUCUUAUUUCAAACUUGGUCGAAUACCUACACAAUUUCCCCAUGUGUAUACUAUCUAUCUUGUUGCUAUUCUGCCUCAUAAAGACCUGUAUAUUUUUUUGCAUAAAUUUUUAUUUGCCUUUCUAUAACAUACCAAGCAAUACAUUUUGACAGAAUCUCUGGCUGCUGUUCACACACACACACACACACACACACACACGUGAGCAGAGGAAAUUUUAAGCUUCAUGUAUUGGUCUUUAGGUGGAAGAGAUCCCACCUAAUCCUAGAAUUAACAAAGAACAAAGAAGCUAUCGCUGCAAUUUCUUUCUUCAUUGUAUUACCUUACUCCACAGAUUAAAGUAGUUCCUGAAUCAGGUGUGGGUGAAGCAAAUGGUGUCCUUAACUCCAGUGUUUCUGAGAGGCCUCCACUCACCCUCUGCUCCCUCCCAAAUGGUUCAGCAGCACAGCAAGAGAGUGAAUCGGUCUCCACUGCAGUACUAUCUACCCUGGAUGUUCUUCCAGGGCACAGGAAGAGUUUGGAAGAAUUGGAAAACCACUUGCCCUCUGAGAUGGACGUCCCAAAGGAGACUCUGAUCCUAGAACCCUUGGAGACCCCUGUGCUGCUGGUGCCCCAGCCAGGCCCUGGCAGUCUGGGUGGCACAGUGAACUUGAUACUGAGCAUUGGGAAGAAAGCAGGGAGAGAGGCCACGGGAAGCCAGGUUGGAGCGGCACCAUCAAUGGGACCGGAAACCUUGCACAAGGUAAGUUGCCCUUUACUUUAGGCAUCGAUAGAGCUGUUUGCUAUCUCCAGAACAUCAAAUAAGUGCCUCUGCGGCAAAGGGAGGCAGUGUUUUCAUGAUGCAAAGUAUUGCCAAGUGUUCAGACAGGACAGAAGUGGGGUGUCAAGUGAGGGAGUGCCAAGCUUAAUGGCUAAGGCUUGCAAGUGGAGAACUUCUAACUUCCCAGUGAGCAUUAAGAUGUUAAUGGAUACUCUGAAUCAGGGAGACUAGCAGCUCUGUUGCUUUUUUGCUUCUCAUUUAAGCCACCGCCAGGCAUGCAGUUCUAGAGCUUCCUCUUCAUGGGUCAGGCACUGAUUUUGCCCUUUUCUUCCUGGCUUUUGCAGGUCACCCUUGCUAUUCCUUCACUUUUAUUUUUAUUUUUGUCUCUCUCUUUCCUAAAAAUCCAGCUCUCUGAAACUAAAUCCUCAGCCUGUAAAGCUUUCUGGAAACGUUGCCAGGGGCUUUUAGGAAGUACUUUGGGUAGUUUAAAGAGAAAGAAAAGGCCACCCCGCCAGCAUGCAGAAGAGGUAACAUGGAGCAGUGGGGGGACGAUGAAGCAUGUCAGACUGAGAGUGGUUGCAUGGUGCAAGGAAACCUUGACUAACCCAUCCAAUAGCCUCCUUCAAAAGGCAGCUCUGAAAUUAGGAGAGGGAAACGCUCCAGAUGUGACUUGGCUAUCAUCCUUGACCAUUGGUCUGGCUAGCCGGCUUGGGACUUAGGAAGUUGGAGUCUCAACAGCUUUGUUCCCUUCUCCUAUAUCACUUAAGUGGCAUCUCCAAAAUGUUAAGAGGUCACACAGAUGCUGUGUUUCUCCUUUCCAAGGCUAUGGUGAAUAAGUUAAAUAUGCAUUCUGUGUUUGCACCUGUACUCCUGAGGAGAUGCCCCCUUAGGAGAAACACCUUCAAAUAUUUUGUGACUUCUCCUGGUUAAAGCACAGGGUUGCCAUGUGCAGCACAAAAUGUGGAUUCUGUACCUUUUAAGAGAAUUUCAGCUGGCACAACUUGUCGUGUCAUAUUAUUGCCAGGAAUCCACCCUUCUGGAAUAUUCUUAGAUGCACAGGACCAUCCACACAAACAAACAAACAAACAAACAAACAAACAAACAAACCAGAGCUUAAAUGUGCAGCCAGCACAGUGGAAUAUGGAGAUGUCUUCCUCAGCACAAUAAUUCAUAUCCCACAGCAGAAGAGCUACCGUAUUUGCUAGAGGAAACAGGAAGCGAGUCUGAAGUGCACUGCCUCUUGAUAUGGGCUGAAGGCAGGCCAAACUAGUUUGCUGUGAGGAAAUGACCCACAUGACAAGACACACUCACUUUGGGUUGUCCCAUGAACAAGAAUUCAGAGUCUUGUGGUGAUUUGGGGAUGAGAUGAACUGAGAAGAGGAAUACACCUAUUUGCUAGCAAGCAAGUCUUCGUAAUCACUCACACAUUAGCAAUUGUGAUUAAAAGGGCACGGUGAGAAGAUAAUUAGGGAUUGAAGCAGAUGGGUAGCUGCUACAAUUGAAAGGCUGAGGCAUGCUGUCCAAAACUAGUUUCUGGCGAGGUGCCUGAGCAUAGAAGCAACAGUAGCUCCAACAACUUGUGAACUGGAGAGGAGGAUUUCAGGGCUGUAAAGUGUAUUCAUUUAGAAAGUCAGCUGCCAGUCAUGAAGGGAAAGGAACAUCAGCCUCUACGGUGUACAGUAAUAAUUCCUGAAUUAAACUUCUAGACAUCUCCUGCAGCUGUUGCAGGAAGGGGAUUCCUGUUAUACUGAGAGCUGAUUCAUGUGCACAGAAUACCCCUGGUACAUCAAGGAGCUCAUACAAACUUAAAGCCUUAUACUUUAUAGAGCCAGAUCUUAUAGAGGCCUUAUACAGUCAGAUCACUAAUCUUUCUAUUUCAGGAUUGUCUGCUCUGAAAGGCAGUGGCUAUUCCAGAUUUCAGACUGGAGUUUUCUCAGAUUUUUCUGAAGAGGCUGCAAAAGGAACCCAGAAUCUUCUACAUGCAUUCUGCAAGCAUGCGUUCUAUGUAUUGGCUGAGUCCCUGCCUAAGGGUUUAUUUAAGCCCAGUUCUCUUCCUGUUGUGAUAGCUUUCUAUGUAGACGAAGGGUUUCUUUGUUUUUUACAAGGAGCAUUCAUACAUGCAACCUGCACCACAUGCAAUCUCAAACCAUACAAUGUAAGAUUCUUAAUACACAUUUCAUUUGGCCCUGAGCUGGCCUCAACUGUAGCACAGCCCAUAGCUGCUAUCAUGGUACCCACCCCCCAAUCAUGCUGGGCUCUUCAGUUUCUACUGCAAUAUUUCAUACUGAGUUUUGUAGCCUCUUUUCAGGCUGCAUCAUCUAUCCUGAAGUAGAGUGGGGUGCAUCUAGCAGCCUUGCAAGUUGGCAGUGUGCCCCUUCUGGAAAGCCCAGCAGAGUUGGGUUGUCUCCAGUAGUAAGCUUGGAACCAUGGUAAGCCAGAAGUUUUGUUGCCGCUCCCUAGGAUUGAACUAAAGUGAUCCUAACAUCCUGGAACCCGUUGUGGGCAGUCUACCUUAGUGUCUGCUACAAUUAAUGAACAUGCAUGCAUGUAUACUCGCUGAGUUGAAAGGAGCAUGUGCUAGUGCAUGUCAGUUUGCUGCUGUGGCAUCCAAAAUAGGUAGGUUUAGGCUCCAGUGACCUUGUGCAAUUUGAAGAGUGCUCCUCAUUGGGUCUUCCUCUUUCCGCAGGUGAGCACCUAUUUGCACGUGAAGGAGAAAGAGGGAGACAGAGAUGCAGGCAUGGUUUGUGGAAGCUCUACUAUGCUGCAGCCUGCUAAGCAAACGCCUCCCGGAGCUCACUCUUCCCCAUUUCCCAGUCCUGGGUGGGGCACCUCAGCCUUCCACACCUUGCCCAAGAUCAGCUCCAGCUGCUUCUUAAGGAGCCUGAAGAGAAAAGGCAGAGUGGAGGCAGAAGAUGCCCAGCUACUCACCUUGCAAGGGAUCAUGGGAACCGAACCAAGCGACCUGCAGGCAGGGCAAGGGGAGAGGAGCAGCACUAGUAGCACCUGGCCCCCAAAGGGUAACAGGAGGGCACAGGCCUUGCAGGCAGAGUGCCCAGCACCCUGCAGAGAGUUGACAGACUAUGUGAAGAACCCAUUGGCACGGGCUAUUGACGCUGAAUGUGACUCGGUUAGGGAAGUAUGUGGAUGUCAUGUGUUCCCAAGAGAGAGCAGAGGUCCCAACAGCCCCCCGUCACUGGCAGAGCGGAUGAACAACACAUGCCAGCAUCUUUCUCUCGGUUCUGUCCUGAGCCUGGAGCUCCCCAAGGACCCCACAAUCCUAAGGAAUAUCCAUGAAACCAUCAGAGUAGCAAAAGAGGGAGCAGCAGGAAGGAAGGGAAUAAGCCAGGCCUGCCAGGGAGCUCGGAGCAGCCCAGCUGGGGCAAAAGUGCAGGAAGUUGGUAGUAGCCUGCAAAAGAGGGUGCUCGGAGGGCAGCCAGUCAUGCACCAGAGGCCCCUCAGGCCUGAAGACGCUCGUGACAAGCUUCCCCAGGGUAAGGGAGGCACAUGGUUUGAAGAGGUGAGCAUCAACCCAAGCUACAGCAGGCAGAAGGCCUGCUUCGUUGCUCUUUGUGGAGAAGACAGGCAGAGUCCGAAUAGCCAGAGCAGUCCCAGUGACGACUUUAUGGAUUUCAAGCAGAACCGGCUAUCCCGCAUUAGUGUCCUGCACGAGCAGAUAGGUAUAGAGUGGGACAGACUAGCUACCUCACUGGGUACAACUGGCAGCUCCAAGGAGGCGCAGGUAAAGGGUCCGGCUGACCAUAAAGUCAGAGAAGCAUCUCGGGUGAAGCUGAAGCCCUCACCUGCUAAGCACACGGGCAGCUCCGAUGCAGUUUCCAGUAUAGCCAAAGCUAAGAACCCUGCUGUGAAUGGGGCAGAAGAAAAGGGAAGCUGUGUGAGAACCUCGCCCUCGUUCCUCCACCUGGGGGUCAAAUCUCCUGCCAAGCUGUCUGUAUUUGAAUGUGAACUAGGCACCCCAACACCCUCAGGGCUGGACCCUCUUGUCCCGGCUCCUGGAGGAAGCACGACUAAAGGGCCAAAGUUGCUAGAGGCUUGUCACCCUGCCCACGAGUUGUUUGAAGAGGAGGAAGAGGAGCUGCAGGCCAUAUGGAGCAAUGUGGAGAAGCACAAGAAAAGCUUGGGAAUCCACAGCAGCCCUGCUGGAAAGGUGGAUAAGAUGCAAAGUCCAGACAGCUCUGGUGCAAGACUUCACCUGGCAGCGGCAGACAAUUUGUUGGUGGCUAAGUUCAAGCUCCCCACCUCUGCCCAGCUGCUUCAGAGGUCUGAAGGAGAAAGAGGGACUAAUUGUGGCAGUCCGAGUCGGUGCCGGGCAUCCAUGCCUUCUGGCCAGGAGCCCUCAGAAGGGGCAGUAGCUGCAGCUGUGAGGUCACUGCAGAGUACCUGCCCAGGGGCCCAGCAGAAGCUUCAGGCGGAGGGCAGAAGUACUGGCAAGGUCAGAAACAUUGGCUUCUAUGGGGCAGGGGAGGGGAUUGUAUGCCUGGAAACCAGGUGUUUACUGUUCUUUACCUCAAGUCCCUGGAUACUGCUGGCACUGAUCUGCAAUGUGUACUUAAGCAGUUUCUCAUUGCACAAUUAUUAAAAUGUGUAUUUUUUUCCUAUCAGGAACCAGCAACUCCAUAUAUGUGGAGUAUUUUCUUUUAAAGGAGAUACAGAUCUAGCUAAUGAGAUGCUUACGCUUGAGAUGUUUACAUCAGUACUGUUCCUGAUUUGACUGUGGGGGGGGAGAGAGAGAGGGGGGGAGAUCCCCACACACUUUCCUAGCAUGAGCCACACAAUGUAUGUCUUUUCGAUGAAUCAGUGACUGCUCAAAGCACACUUCUUCCUUUUUUGCUCUGUUUUGGGGAAUGUGGUGUUAAAAUGCCUUCGUAUUUGAAACACUGCUGCUUUCGUUGUGGUUGCUUCAUUCAUUGUUUCCUGCUUCUCUCUAGAAUCUUCCCAGUAAACUAGAGCUUCAGAUGAUGGAAGGAGCUUUGGAGAGGAAGCAUCUGUUGCAGGCAGGAGGCAAGAAGGUACUGUCAGAACUGCGUGGCAUUAUGGGGGGGGGGGGGGGUUGAAUAUGGAUGCCAGUGACUUGCCACCAAGAAACAACUUCAUUGGUGUUCCAGUAACACUUCAACAGAGCCUAGCCCCUGUAUAGCAGAGCUUUCCAAACUUUUCAUGUUGAUGACACAAUUUUUAGACAUGCAUCGUUUUGUGACACAGUAAUUCAGUUUUACUAGCAAGCCAGAGGUUGAAACAACCCCUUUCCAGCCCCAGGAGCAGCGCAGGGAGCAUUCGCGUGACACAUCUACACACUGCAGAUGACACACUAACGUGUCACAACACACAAUUUGGAAAGCUCUGACUUAUAUCAAUACACACAGAAACACUUCUGUGAGGUGGUUCAGGCAUAACAGCAAACCAAUAUUCAAUCCUGAUUUGCAGGGGAAGCAUAAAUAACAGUUUGCCGUGUAACAAACUAGCUAUGGUUUGGUCCAAGCCAGGAUCUGCACGAGGCUUGGUGGCUGAACUCACAAAACUGAGGCUCCUUGCUGCUUAUUCACAUAAUACCAAGCCAUGGUUAUGUCUAAACCCAGGGGUGGGGAAACCUCCAGCCUGUGGGCCUACGAGGCUGUUUCAUGAAGCCAUGCCAACCUGCUCUACACCUGAAGUCAGGUGUGGAGCAGGUAAAGGCAAAGCUUAGAUGAAAGGCAGCUAGUUGCCACUUUGCAGAUUUUGUCUGCACAAUUUGAUUUCAAACCACACAGAGAAAUACAGGCCACUUAACACUAUUGUAUCAUCAAGUGAUUGACAGGUGGAUAGCCCCACCCACUGGGUAAAUGUCGCCUGUGAUGGGGUGUGGAUAUAAGGAUCUGGAACACUGGCCUGGCUUAAAUCAGCACAGUGUGGGUGGUGCAGAAGGCAAAGGGCCUUUCCAAAUGACGAAAAACUUGUGGAUUUUAUUCUUAUCGCUAUACUGUACUGCCAACUGUAGUUGCUGCAGACAGGAGGUGGAAACAUAAGGUCCAGAGUAAGUUGACCAUAUAUCUGAAGGUGAUGUUCAUUUUUACUUUGCACUGAUGUUCAUGUUCCCAUGCUUUGAAGAGCUAGAAGGUUGCCUAUCUUUGCCUCCAGGGGAAGGGAGGGGUCUUACUCUGGAGGCAAGCACAGGCAGAUAGGGGCUUCAUGCACAUGAAACCAUGUGAACAGGUCACCUUGCGAACCAACCUUAACUCUUCACCUACUUCAGAUCUGAUCUGUUCAUUUCUCUUCUCCUAGGCAAAUUGUCGUUCCUGGAACACAUUCCACACAGUACUGAUGAGACAAACUUUGUGUUUCUACCAGGACAAGAAAGACACCCUCAAGGUAAUGGUAGGCAGUGAGAUGCCCAAAGACAAAUGGAGAUAAGAAAUGGGUAUGAGUAAGGUCUGUGUCACAUUUUCAUAUACCUCCAGCCAGUGCUUUUUUUCUUAAAAAAUUGUUUAGGGGCACGAUUUUCCUACUCAUAAUGAAAUACAGCCCCUCAAUCAGGCCAAACUUAGAUUCACAAAAUGUUUAGGGGUAUGCGUACCCCUGCAUCUCCCCAGGGGAAAAAAGCACUGCCUCCAGCAUUUUCCUAUCCUGUAUAGUCCUUCCCCUACUGACAUCUCCUGUGAAUGUUUGGCGUGCAUAGAUUGUCAAGCAUCUACACUUUGCCAAUUGCAUUUAUUUUUGUCUAAACCUUCAGUGCCUUCUCUGCCAAAAUAGAACUUGAAAUUCUUGUAAAGACUAACUUCAUCUAAAACUAAAAUAAAGACCGUCCACAAAUCACAGUAAAACCAAGUCUAGUCAUAAGUGGCAAAUCUCAAAACUGUCGAGCAGCGUUGACAGAAGAAAAGCUCAACAAAUUUAAAAGCUCAGUGUACCAGCACAGGCCAUCCCGAGUAACAAUUGCCCACCCAAGAGAAGAGUGAAGUAACUAGUAGGAGCCCACUUCAGAGUGGCUUUCUGAUUUCAGGAUCUUUUAUCAUUUGCCUUCCUUUGCACAGCAGAGUUCUGUAGUGGCCUUGCCACUGAACCUCCGUGGAGCUGUUUGCACCCUAGAAACAGAGUAUAUCAAAAAGAACAACUGUUUCACACUACAGUGAGUAACCUCUGUUUCUUUUCCUUCACAAGAUAAUAUAUGCAGUGUACAUUAAGCUCUAUGAAGGGGUAAUAAAUGCUAAAUAAUAAUACUAUUACAGGUUUUAAAAAGAAAAUAAAGGUAACUCAGAACCGUAAUACCUCAGGGACAGCCUCUUCCUAUAAGAAUUGAUCUGGAUCCUGUAAUCAUCAUCUGAGGCACUUCUUUGUGUGCCCUCUCCAUGAGAGGUCUGGGGGGUGGCAACAUGAGAAUAAGCCUUUUCUGUGGUGACUCCCCAUUUGUGGGAUGCUCUCCCCAGGGAGGGUUGCCUGGAGCCUUCAUUACAAAUCUUGAGGUGCUAAGUGAAAACAUUCUUCUCCCAGGCCUUCGACUACUGAUAAUUAAUCAAUCUGUGGCCUUUUAAACUGGUGGGAGUAUUGUUUUGUUUGUUGUUAUGUAUGUUUGUGUUUUUAUAUUGUAAAUGACCCUAUGAUCCUCAGAUGAAGGACGGUAAGAUGGAUAGAUGAUAGAUAGAUAGAUAGAUAGAUAGAUAGAUAGAUAGAUAGAUAGAUCUGGGAAAGAAAGACUUGAACAUGCUUGGACAUUGAUGAAAUGCCCCUGAACAGCAUAAAUGGUGAUAAUAGAAAUCUUUGCAGAGGGUGCCUGCUUCUAGCUCCUAGAUUGCCAGGUAUUUAAGGCUGGUGCUGGUUGUUGUAUCCGUAUCCUAUCAAAUACCUUCAGCUGAUUUCCUUGCAUACCCCAGGUUGAAGGAUGGCUCCAAGUACCUCCUUAGAGCUCCUACUGAGCCACUCAUGCAGGAGUGGAUUACCAAAUUACAGCAGAACUCAGGUAAGACUGAAGUAAUUAUAAGGAAGAGACCAUGGGGGCAUUGGAGGUCUAAGGGAAGGAGAUAUGGUUACCACUCAGGAACAAGAGGUAAUUUGAGGCCUCCUGCAGACUACUUUGGUGGUCUACAUGACCAAGAAGCCCACUUGGGCACUCUCUGUUUUCCCUCAAGAAGUUCACUGUCGAGAGAAGCAGCAAUGCCAUGUCAUGUUUUUGGUAACGGGUUUUAUACUUGUGCCAGACUUUAUAUCUCCCACAUUUCCCACUGUAAUUGAGUCAGACCUGAGUUCAGAAGGGGGAUUCAUCUUUGACAUACAGAAGGCCCAUAGAGUGCUGGGACUUGCACGUGGGAGGCUGGAGCUCAAAUUCCAGUUUAGCUACAAGGUUUUCUGCAAAACAGUUGGCUCCUGGGCUCCAUUCCUUUUGUGUAAAGAAGAAAAUAAUAGUCUGCCCCGUAGGUUCUAUGGGCUACUGUACACAUUGCAUUUUUUAGGUAUACACCCCAGAAACAAGUGGGCAUGUGGCAAAACAGGUGAAUGAUAUGUAGCUUUUAAAAGUCUGCUUAUCAGAGAGACUACAGCUCCUUAUUGCAAGGCAGCAAGUAUGUGGAACAGACCUAUGCCUCAGGUUUGUUUGGGUGAACAACACUCUUGAUUUUCAAAAGCCAUCUCUCAGUGUUUGCUUUUCUCUCUUCAAAGGCUUACCUGAAGUGGACUUUUUCCAGUCAGCUUCCCAGACUGCCCAAGAGACGACCUCUGCUGUUAGGUAACUACUAUAAGCAAAGCUUGAUCCAAAUGCAUUUGCUGGGGGCAGGGGCUAGCUUUUAAAAAAGUUCUUCUCAUAAUGUUUGUCCUAAUGAGGACUCCUGUCCAGUGGCAAGUAGAUCUUCUCAUAAAUCAUACGGUGCUAUUUUGUCAAACUCAGCAUAUUAAACAAAAAAACAUGUUUUGGGAUUUGUAUGCAUUCAAACUGUUAAGUUGUGGGUGAACAUAUCAGACGACACAGUGAUUCUUCAAACAGCUCUUGUUUAUUCACAGGCCAGAACAGAACUGAACUGAAGGGUUCAGUCAACCUGCUUAUAUAGAGCUCCAGUACAACGUAACUGUAACAAUUUUCUAAAACUAUCCAAUCACUGAAUGUCACUUUCGAUCCCUUAUUUGCAUAACUAUCUACAGUAUCCCCCUGCUGGCCCAGGGUGAGAACUUCAGUACAUAACACAAACCAAAAUUCAAAUUUUGGAAUGCAAAUUGGUAUGUGUUCCCCUUUUUCUUCUCUCUUAGGAUUUAGAAGUACAUGUAGGACAAUUUGAGCUGAGGCCAUUAGUUAUCCUGUUUAGGAGUGAUCCCAUUUGCCCCUUGCUGCUCUGCUCUAAUUUCUGCCUUUAUUGGUGAACUUCCUUGUGCUCCCCACCCCCCAAAAUGUUCACAUCCCAUUAUUGUGCAAUCUGCUGAAUUUUCUCAGCCGCAUAGAAACCACUGGUACAUCAAAUUUCCCAUUCAGAUACUGUAAACCCAGGCUGUGAUUAUGGUGGCUUGUAUUACCUUUGCUAGGACUAAAUUUUACUCUAGCUUGGCAUAGCCCUGUGCAACUGGGCAUGUGAGACCAAUUCUCUAUUUUAUGCUGCUUCCAUUUUUUUCCCAGUGUGAUUCCAAGCCAUGGAGUUCCCCACUUCCUUGGUCCUCAUCAGUCUCUCACAGCUAAAAGCCAAGAGGCCAUACUCUUACCCAGAUCAAGUGUCAGGCUGCAGCUGCCUUACGAAAAUCAGGAUGACCUAUUGGAUCCAGCAGAAUCACGGACAGGUAUGUAUGUGGGCUGUUCACAGUUUCUUGAGGGUUCUCUUUAAAGCAGGGAUAGGGGACCUGUGGCCUUCCAGACUGAGCAGUCUCGUAGGAUUCUGCAACCAGUUUGGGAGGGGGUUGCACUUACCCAUAGCUGUCAACUUUUCCCUUUUCUUGCAAGGAACCCUAUUCGGAAUAAGGGAAUUUCCCUUAAAAAAAGGAAAACAUUGACAGCUAUGCACUACCUGAAGGAUGUGGUUUGUGGAUUAGAGCAACUCUUGGGUCCAUUGCUGUCAGUGGGGGCAAAUGUAGCCUUGUGGUGCAGAAUACUUUCUAUCAGCUUCAGCUAUCCAUGUCCUGACAUGAAUAAUCUAGCUUUGGUGGUCUGUGGCCUCAUAACCUCCCAAGUGGAUUCCUUUCAUGCAUUAUAUAUGAGGCUGCCUUUCUAGAUGGUCCAGAAACUGCAACUGGUGCAGAAUUCAUCAGUCACACUGCCAAUGGGAUCAGACAAUCUGAAUGCAUUACAGCAGGUCUGGCUCCAUGCACUGGCUUCUGAUAUAUUUCUGGGCCUAAUUCAAAGUGUUGGUUUUAACUUAGAAAUCCUUAUGUAGCUUGGACCCCAAUACCUCAUGGUACCCUUUUCUCCAUAUAAGCCUGCUCAGUCAGAGCUUAAGAUACUCUCUGGAGACACUCCUCAGAGUGCCCCUGUUGGCAGAACUUGGGUGGUGGCCUUCUCAAUGGUGGCCCUCCCCCCUUGUGUAAUGCUCUCCCAAAAGAAGCUUGCCUAGUGACUAUGUUAAGAUAUUUACAGUAUCAGGCACAGACUUUUAUCUUCUGUCAGGUCUUUGAUAUUCUCCUUGUUCUUUCUUUAUUUAGAUUUCUUACCAGCCCUUUACUAUGAAGUCCCAGGCAGGUUACAACAAUUUUAAAAAAAACAAUAUUACAAACAGUAAAAACAGCUGACCAUCAAGAGCAUAGAGUGGGUCCUAAAAUAUAUUUUUCAGGUUUCAAAGGCCAUGGCAAAGAGGAGCAGCACCUCACUGUUGCUGCUGGAAUAUUUCUAGCUGUUGAUGUUGCUUCUGCUUAAGACAGUCAGGGGAGAGGGCUCCUUGAUUUUAUUGUGACCCCUUGUGAUUUUGAUGACUGUGCUGCAUUUUUAAAUGUGUAAAUUAUUGUUGUUGUUGUUUUUGGUCCAUUAUUUUAAAUCAUCUUGAGACUUUGGUAUAAUGUGGUAAGUUCAGUUAAAUAAAUAAUAAUAGUAGUAAGGAAUCCCUGGAGGUCUGCCUCUGUGUCACAUCCUUGAUUUCUUCCUUUCUCUCCUCUUAGAAGACAGCCAGAAAUCUGCUGCCAUUUUUACCACAGAUCACAGUCUGAGGCAGUGCUCUCCUACAGCAUCUACAAGGUCGCAGGAACCUUACAUUUUUGAGGAAGAGGACUAUGGGCUAGCGGCGAACAAGAGGCGAUCAUAUUCCUUUACCUCAGGUACAUACUGUAUGACCUUGAAGAAGAAUGGGUUACUAGUUAGAGUUGAGGCUACCUCUACCCCUCUGCCUGUUUGUACAGGGAAAUCUGAGUUUGCUCAUUUGCUCAUGUACUGCAUUUGCUCAGUUUGGCCCUUUGCCAACUGACUUCUGUUCAAAUGCAGCUGAAAUCUCUCUGACUAAAUCCAGUCUGUUGUGUACCCAGCAUGAUAUCAUUAUGCUAUUUUCAGUGCUUGGCUGCAUUCAUUCAAAGCACGGUUAUUCUCAAAGGAACAAGUUCAUUGCUGAAUGUCGCCAUUAGGUGUCAGCAACACGCUUUUGACUCAAUGGCACAUGUCUGAAGUUGAAGCUUGUUACCUUUGUAGGCUGUGCAGACACUACAUAUAUAUAGCAUAUCCCUUGUUCCCCCCCCCCCCCGCCCCCGCAAAGUUAAAGUAGUCGCAUUUUAAAAUAAGAAGAAACAGCAAUAUUACAAUUUUCCAAAAACAAUUUCUGGAGGGGUUGAAUCGCAUAAAAUGCAGACCUUCAGAAACAAUGAAGUAUGCAAACAGCGGCCAGAAAGUAAACAAAGAUGGUGUGUGCUUAAUCUUACAGGCCUUGGAAUUGUACAUCCUGGGAGUUACAACAGGAAUGGCCCUUUUCUCUUGUCCCCACCUAGUGUACUUUGUGGGGGGGACAGACACCACAAAGAAAAGCCUCUCCCACAGCAUGUAGAAAAUGGGACAGUUUUGUAUGGACAAUAGAGACAAUAGCGUCCCAAGCCAUUUAGGGCUUGAAAAAUAAUGACCAGAACUGUGCAUUGUACCUAAACAUGUUGUGGGUGGAGGUAGGCAUUCCUUGGUGAGGGGAAAGCAUGUUUUGAACUUACUCAGAGACAAGGUGGUCUACUACUACUACUACUACUACUACUACUACUAUAUCAUAUGUUCCAUGGCUGAGCCUUGGCACCAGAAAAGGUCCUGGGGCAGAGGCAUAAUAAGCCUCAGUUCAAACACUGCCCUGAAUUCUCUUCUCUUCUAUUUACUUAAGAGAUGGAAUGAAUGUGAUACUCUGGAGUAAAACAACCGUGUGUACCACAGACUAUUAACCAGCCUCUGACACGUUCUGCUGCUUGUUUUCAGUUCAUUGUGCUGCAGUGCAACCUUUCCGCUCCAUUCUUUUUUUCAGCUACGUACCAGAAGAUCACACCUUUGUCGGUGUCCAAGGAACCCUUGGGCCUUGGCAGCAGCUACUCAGUCACUCUGUACAUUGGAGAGCAGGUACCGACUCCUCCCAGGCCUCGCUGCCAUUCCUUCAUCGCCUCUCCUGGUGGCGCCCGAGAAACCUUGGGCGAGAGGAGCCAAGGCGCCUCGCCUCGCCAGAAGAACAAAUCUGUCUUCAGAAAGUUCUUUGGGAAGAAAGACUGAGAUGCCAGCUCAUUCUCCUCGGCCCAGGAGUGGGAUUUGUGGCUGCAUGCAAGCGCUUGAACCUUCCUAGGACUGGGCCCAAUGGCUACCAGGACACACUGUUACGCUGCACCAUUGCUUGACCUUUGCUCUCUCUCUUUGCCCAAGGAGGUCGGGUGAGAGAGGUGGGACUGGUAGGCUCUGCACAGUGAAACAAUCCCUUAUCCCUCAGCCCCCUAUGCCAUCUAACUCAACCCUGAUAGGGGCAGCAACCCCAGGGAAUAGCAGCUGAAAGGGUCAAAGGUCUUCAGGGAGAAAGAAAAUUAAAGUUAAAAACCACCCCACCUCAUUCAUAUUGUUGCAGGGUAGUAUAUUCCAACUACCAUGAGCUUUUUCUCUACAGGCACAGAGCACAGCCUUUAUUUGACAUACAAGCUAAUAUAGGAAAUCAGGUAAUACAUUCCCAGGCACAUACAUAUUAAUACUGUAUUUGUAUUCAAGGCAGGGGGUUGUGGAAGACUCAUGUUGCUUCUCUUCCUUCCUAACAAAUGUUUGCAUGGCUCAUGAUGGGAUCAAAAAAGGAAGUGCUUUCUCAGUACCAAUUAUCCUGACUAUGUUAUUUACGCAGGCAUAUAGGGUUGCCUUUUGUUUUUUUAACUUGACCUGGUGCCUUCACAGAUAUUAGCAGGGGAUAAUGUGUAAUCUCCUGAUUUCUGCAGGUCAAGCUGCUGUAAAAUGCACAUGUCAACACACACACACACACGGAGGCCAGGCCAAGUCAGUCCUAAAGUCUGCAGCAGAGCCCACAGCAGAAAAAUUAUUUCUUGGGCAAAUUGGUACAUUGCUAAUUUAGAAUGGGCAUGGAUUAAGGUUUGUGGAGGCUUUUGGAACUAGUUUUUUUGUGUGGGGGGGGUUGCACCUCAAAAAGAACAAUUUCUGUACCUACCCUUUUUAUGGUUCAGAAAUACAGGGCGAGUUCUCCACUGUGUGUGUGGGCGCAAGAAACCUUAAUGUUUGCUUUCUUUUCUCCUGCACUAUGAUGCCUAAUGCAGCAGCAAAUGAGACUUGUUAAAUAGUCAGUUGCAUCUCCUCAAGAGCAUUAACACCACAUUAAAACACCAGUUGGCUGUUUGUGUGCCUUCCUUCAAAGUGUAAUAGAGUUUACAGAGUUAUUAUUUAACUGUCUAUCAGUGAACCUGUUGCUGAAUAACCCUGCUCUAAGGCUCC